CCUUUUAGUAUACCUCGGGAUAAUCUAAUAUGUCAACAGAGGUGGAGUCUUUCGUCUAAGACUCUUGACAUAUUAUUUAUUCUAUAAUCUAUGUAGCGAUCGAUGCUGUAAACAGAUUAACGAAACCAAAGGGAUAGAACGGGAUAUAAUCCAAAUGGUUCUCUGUCACCUACAUAUCAUCUCCCUUAAAGAUGGUAUUACAGUCGGUUCAUUCCUAAGGAAGCUCCGUCAGAAUGGCAUCAAACCUGUUGUCCAGGCGCGAGCCAUCCGGUGGAUGAUUCGACCUACAGAAUUAUCGGCCAGCCACUUAUUGAGUCGGAACCUCCGCUGGGAUCUCUUUCUGAUCUUGAAGGAGGCUGAUUCGAUCCCACAAUCGGCACAAGCGGACAUCCAAGGUAUAUUCAGCGCAUCUUGCGGCGUCUCAUCGAAAGCGCUAUCGGGCUAUGCGGCUAUAAACACGGAGCUGCUACGCCCAGCUCCAGGAUCGGUCGCACCGCCGGAACCGCACCAGGUAUCGCCCUCGGCUACAUCGCAGAAGUUGGAAGGGAGCGCCGAGCUAAAUGAAUGGAUCGCGGGGCUACCGGUUGAGAUUAGGAGUCAUCCUGUAUCAAUGCUAAAUCUACUCGCAUUCAAUUCGGGCAAAUUAGACGACUAUAAGAAAUACGGCACCGAAUUCGCAGCUAGGGUAGGCUCGAAACACGGCGGACGAGUGAAAAUAGUCGGCAAGGUGGCGGGUGGCCAAGCGCAGGAUCACGGAUGGGAAGAGGUGGCAUUCGUGCAUUAUCCAUCGGUACAGCAUUUCGCAUCCAUGGCGGCGAAUAAAGACUAUCAGGAAAUCAAUCACAAAUACCGACUUGGCGCACUUAAAGAUACGUUGAUCCUAUGUGUGAUGGAAAUUGACGAUGAGGGAAAUCUUGUCAAUGUUCGUAGCACGCGGGAGAAGCUGUGAAGGGGGGGUUGGUUAUUCUGGUGCUCUGGUGCUACAUAGUAAAUUAAUACCGACGACAUCUAAUUCGUACAAAUAACGCCUCUGUCGAUCGCAGUACUUAUUGUGAGAGCGAAUUGUGUUUCCGGAU